CCUACGGUUUUUUCUGCAGCGUGCGGCCCUCGGAGCCCUUCCUCACCCGAUACCUGCUGGGGCCACACAAAAACCUCUCCGAGACACAGGUGUUCAACGAGAUUUAUCCGGUGUGGACGUACUCCUACUUGGCGCUGCUGUUCCCACUGUUCCUGGCCACGGACUACCUGCGGUACAAGCCCGUCGUCCUGCUGCAGGGCCUGAGCCUCAUCAUCACCUGGUUCAUGCUGCUGUACGCCCAGGGGCUGCGGGCUGUCCAGUUCCUCGAGUUCUUCUACGGGAUGGGGACCGCCACUGACAUCGCCUAUUACUCCUACAUCUACAGUGUGGUCGAUGUCAACUUGUACCAGAAGGUCACCAGCUACUGCCGGAGCGCCACCCUGGUGGGCUACACGGUGGGCUCGGUGUCCGGGCAGGUCCUUGUGUCAGUGGCAGGGUGGUCCCUCUUCAGCUUGAACGUUAUCUCCUUAACCAGCAUAUCCAUUGCCUUUGGCACAGCGUGGUUCCUGCCAAUGCCGCAAAAAAGCCUUUUCUUUCACCAUGUCUUGAGUCAGCAGCUCAGUUGGGAAAUGAAGGUCAUGGACUGUAAGAAUGGAUCAGUCAUCCAAGAUCAUCCCAAUGUGCAGAGGGCACCCGGCUGGGAGGAUGAGACAAAAGUUCCCUUAAAUGGGGAGAGUCACUCAGCAGAGAAACAGUCUGUGCAAGAGCAGAAAGUCAACAUUGUGAAGGUGCUCAGAGAUCUCUGGCAGGAUUUCCUGCAGUGCUACACCUCCCAGACCUUGCUCUGCUGGUCGGUGUGGUGGGCACUGUCCACCUGUGGCUACUUCCAGGUCAUCAACUACGCUCAGGGUCUGUGGGAGAUGGUGCUGCCUUCUCACAGCACGGAGAUCUACAAUGGCGCUGUGGAGGCAGCCUCAACGCUGCUAGGUAAGCUGUCUGCAUAGCUGUUGCUCCGCU